GCAGUCCAAGUGACCAGCAACAGUAGGCCAGAGGUGUUGGAGGUGGGGUGAGACAGGACCAGCCCCUAAGCUUGGUCAGGCCUGAUCAAGUGCUGUGGCAGUCAUGGUGCGAUCACGGUGGCAGCCUCACCCUCCGUUCCUGCUUCUCCUGGUGCUCGUGUGGCUCCCCCAAAGCCUGAGUCUAGACCUGAUUGCCUACACACCGCAGAUAACAGCCUGGGACCUCGAAGGGAAGGUCACAGCCACUACAUUCUCUCUGGAGCAGCCUCGGUGCGUCUUUGAUGAGCAUGUCUCAACUAAGGACACCAUCUGGCUAGUGGUGGCUUUCAGCAAUGCCUCCAGGGACUUUCAGAACCCACAGACUGCUGCGAAGAUCCCCACCUUCCCACAGCUGCUGACUAACGGCCACUAUAUGACAUUACCCCUGUCCCUGGAUCAGCUGCCGUGUGAGGACCUGACCGGUGGCAGUGGAGGUGUCCCCGUGCUUCGGGUGGGCAAUGAUUUUGGCUGUUACCAGCGACCCUAUUGCAACGCCCCCCUCCCCAGCCAGGGCCCUUACAGGAAAGAAUCCCAACUCCAUUGACACAUGGCCUGGCCGGCGGAGCGGCUGUAUGAUCGUCAUAACCUCCAUCCUCUCUGCCCUGGCCGGCCUCUUGCUCCUGGCUUUCCUGGCAGCUUCCACUACACGUUUGUAAGUGAUGGCAACACCCCUCAGGCGCCUCUCCCCUGCCCAGAUCCCUAG